AUCAAUUAUUGAGCGGUUGGAAACUCCAAUACGGUAAGUUAAAGCAAAAACUACUUUUCUUUCCCUUAAUUAACACAAACACAUAAAAGAAAGAUGGCAACGCGAAGUAGAACGCUGUUAUUUCUUCAAUAUAGAAACUCGUACGCAAGAACCCAAGGUUCAGCCCCUCAUUUUUCCGCAGGACUUUCCGAAACAGAGGGAUUAAUCGAAAGCUCUAACAAUGUGAUUGAAAUGUCGGUCUUACCGCCUAAAUGGGUGGACAUUGUAGAUGAAGUAGAUGAGGCACUUGAUGUCGUGAAAGACAAGAUUACAAAAUUGGAAACAAUGCAUCGGAAACAUUUAUUGCCUGGAUUUGAUGACCGAACUUCUGACGAGGCUGCGAUUGAUAAUCUCACUUCUGAAAUCACAGACGAAUUUUAUCGUAUCAAACGAGAUAUACAACGUAUUCGAGUGGGUGUCAAUGAUUCGGAUCAAGACGAUAUGUUAGCAAGAAAUAUACAAACCAGUUUGGCUACAAAAGUACAAGACGUAUCUUCCAGUUUUCGAAAGCAACAAUCCUCAUAUUUACAAAAGAUGCAAGGACAAGAAAAUCGUAAAGCCGAUAUAUUGGGUAUGGAAACUGUGCUGAGUAAUGAAGCCGCCGAGUUUUUGUUGGACGAGGAUGCUCAAGUGGGAUUUACAGAAUCACAGUUGGCCGUCAUGGAAUCAAACGAUGUAUCGAUUGAUCAACGAGAACGGGAAGUGAAUCAAAUUGCAAAAUCCAUACAUCAGUUAGCAGAGAUUUUUAGAGAUCUUCAGUCACUUGUGAUCGAUCAGGGAUCUUUGCUCGAUCGUAUUGAUUUUAAUAUUGAACAAACCAACGUACAGGUCAGAGAGGCUGUAGUGCAAUUGGACAAGGGCUCUCAUUACCAAAACAAGACCCGAAAACGUAAAAUAAUGCUCCUUUUAAUAUUAAUCAUUAUGUUGUUGAUUGUCAUAUUGAUUGUGAAGCCUAAAAAAAGCCGAUAAAACAAAAUAUAAUCAGUUUGUAUCAUAGAACACUUACGGUAACAGAUUGCGGCCUUUGUAGACAAUCUCUUGUUGGCUAUUUUGACAUGUUUUUUAUUUAUUUUCAAAGAAAAAUGGCCCAUGCUUUUCGUUAUACCCCCAAUUAAAGUUUUGGUAUGCUUUUAUAAAAAGCCAAAUUAAAGAAGUAUAUUUAAUUUUCAAGCAGAUACGUCUUAUAUAAUAUUUGUCACUCCACAUCUGAAUAAUUUAAGGUAGCUUUGCAGAACAUGCGUAUCAAUAGACUAAAUUAUUGAUUCAUGCAGACGAUUGUCCCUAAUAUUUUUACAUCUUUACCCUCACUAUACACACACACAAACAAACACAUACACAC